AUAAUGUGGACAGAAUGACGUAGUAUACAUGCGCAGAACGAAGUUGAGAACAAACCAGUGUAUUAACUAUUAAGUAUUUAGCCAUGGGAUACGGAAUGAUCAAUCAUCAAUGAUCAAUUUCAUUUGAUACUAAUAUUCACUACAAACUACAAAGGUUAUAUUUGACAAGAUUCGUCUCUUUUAAGCGAUCGCUGGGAUGCCAAGUUGAUUUAAACAGAGAGCAAUAUGAGUCAAAGUAAGACAUCACAAGAGAGUGAAAUUUACUUGUAUAAUUCUGAGUAUUUAAAGAAUAACUAUGAUAAAUAUAUCAGAGAUGAUUUCUUAUAUGCAUUUGGAGCAUUUUAUUGUGAUAAAGUAAUGAAGAUUCCUCAGUUAGACCGCAUUUUGAAAACUGAAUGUUAUCAUCGUGAAACAGAAUUGAAAUAUAGACAUAAUGAGUUUGCCACAUACAUGGAAAAUAUAAUAUCAUGGCUUGAUCUUAAGUUAAAAUACUGCAAUGGGGAACCAUCAGAAUCUAAUAAAAAAAUACAAGAACAGUUAUUCAAGACAAGUGAUAUUCAACAACAUGGUACAAAAAUGAGUUUAAGUUGCACAGCUCUUGAUUCAAAUACAAGUUCUCAUGAACAAAAUAAUAAAUCAAGAACUGAAGCUUAUUCUCAAAAUGAAAUAAUAACAUCACCGGAUAUAACUAUAAAAAAUGAUGAUUUUCCUGGGAGUUCAAUUAAUGAUGACAAUAUUGAAAUUUUCAUGCAAAAUACUCAAAACAAAUUAAUAAUGACAGAAAUAACUUCUCCAAAACAUAAUUCUGUUGGAAGUUCAACUAAUAAUAAUAACAAGAAAGGAAUUGAUAAGGUUAAUAAUACUCAAAAUAUAAUUAAAACAUCUCCAAAUGUAACUUCUCCAGAACAUGAUACUCUUGGAAAUUCAACUACUGAUCACAAAAAGAGAAUUGAUGUGGUAAAUAAUACUCAAAAUAAAAUAAUAACAUCGCCAGGCAUAACUUCUCUAAAACAUGUUACUCUUGGAAAUUCAACUAAUGAUCACAAGAAAGGAAUUGAUAUGGUAAAUAAUACUCAUAACAAAGUAAUUACAUCACCAGAUGUAACUUCUCCAAAAUGUGAUACUCUUGGAAUUUCAACUAAUAAUCACAAGAAAGGAAUUGAUAUGGAAAAUAAUCAAAGUAAAUUAAUAGCUUCUCCAAAAGAUAAUUCUGCUAUCAAUACAAAUUUGGUGAAUAUUUCUUCAGCUGUUGAUUCAAUAUCAACUGAGUCUCAAUUUAAAAAUCUUGACAUUACUGAUGAUGAGAAUGAAAGCACAUCAGACAACCUUAAAAACAAUACAAAUGACAAAGUUGUGAAUAAGGAAAAAUUGUAUUCAGCUCAAACAAGUUCUAGUAAUAUUAUUAGUGAAGAAAUAUCAAAUAUGUGUUUGGAAACUUCUACAAAAUCUGUUAGAUGUACACGGGCCAAUAAGCAAACUAGUAAAAAAAUAAAUACAUCAACAAAAAGAUCAAAUUCGGUAACAGAUUCUGAACACAAAUCAAAAAAAAAGAAAAUAGAAAAACCUUCUCCUAGUAAUGUGGGAAGAAAAACUAAUACCAAUAACAAUAAAAUUUCAGUCAAAGUAUUAAAUGAAUCUAUAAAACAGGUUACCAAAAAUUUGUAUUGUCGAAAUAGUAAAGGAGAAACAAAAUUACAUUCUGCUUGUGCCAAGGGAAAAUUGGAUUUAGUAACUUCAUUGCUUGAAGAUGGUUUCAAUCCUAAUGUUAAAGAUAAUGCUGGAUGGACACCCAUGCAUGAAGCCGUGAAAUCUGGGAAUAUAGAUAUUGUGAAAGAAUUGAUCAAGUUUGGUGCUUAUUUAAAUGUUCCUGGUUUUGAAUAUGAAAGCCCACUAUAUACAGCAAUUAAGUAUGGUAAAUUUGAAAUAGCUAAAAUACUUCUAAGUUAUGGAUCCGAUGCAAAUUGUAUGAAUAUGUAUGGAGAUAAUGUGAGAUGUCUUAAUGAAGAAAAGUUGUCUGAGUUAUUGGAAAAUCUAGUUUCAAGUAAAUUAACACAAAUUUGCCUUCCUAACUAUAAACUAGAUGAAACUGUCAUAGCCCUUAAUAAUGUUUCAUUAAAAAGUGAAACUGUGAAGACAUUUUGUAAACAAUUUAAUAUUAAAUUAGUUCAAAAUAUUUUGAAAGAAAAACAAUUUGCUCAAAUUACUCACAUGAUUGUAUCCAAAACAAAAAGUAAUACUUGUGAUGUUAAUUUAGAAUGUUUAUCUGCCAUAGCAAAUGGAUUAUUUAUAAUCAAUGAAAAUUGGAUUUCUGAUUCAUUAGACCAAAAUAAACUUUUGAAUUGUGAACAUUAUGAAGUCAGUGGAACAACAUUGUUUGCUGAUUGUAAUGGGCCAAAGAUAUCACGAAUAAGCAAACAAAAACUGUAUCCAAAAUUAUUUGAUGGUAUAAACAUACAUAUAAGUGGAAGUAAUGGUUGGAAUCAGUUCACAAUUGAAAAUUUAAAAAAACUGGUUGUUGAAUUUGGAGCAAAACUAUUAAUACGUAUGCCAAAUCCAGAAGAUUGCCCCACUAAUAUAAUACCAUAUCAUUGCCGUAAUAAUGAUCAGAUGUUUCAUGUUUCUACCAUCAUAUUAUAUACAAUGGAUUCAAGUAGACUUAUAAAGUACAAUAUGAAACAUUUGAAAGCUUUUCACAUUUCAUGGUUCAUGCAAGCUGUACAGAAGUAUAAUAUUAUAUAAAAUUGUUAUUUAUGUCCAAUUAUAUAAUCAUUUUGAUGUUGUCAAUAGUAAUUGAAUACAAGUUGAUUAUGUAAACACAAUUCAGUUAUAUUUUGAACUAAUAAAUUCACAAAGAGUGUAUUUUUAAAAUA